AUGGCGAACUCUCCUACCUUACAUUCGACUCUCUCCGUCGUCUCGGGCCAGCUUUGCUUCGGCUCCUUGCACAACAUUUGGUUCGGCUCCUCUGCUCCCACUCAAGGUCUCCUGGUUGCUCCGCCGCACCCCAGUGGCACAGUCCAAGCUCACAGUAUUAACUACAACAUUUGCGCGCAAAACGGGAUAUGGAAUGUCUACAAGCUUGUUAUCUCUGAGACGAGCGAUGCAGUAGCAUGGUUCGUGGCCCACGCGGACAUUGACCCCAGACAGGAAGUCGAUAAGAUCCUCCGCAUAUCUGGCUCUCCUUACGAACCAGAUCAUGGAAGUACGAUGAACAACGACAUCACUUCUCAGGCGGGAGUCUUUGUGGUCAAUCGUUAUGACUGGGGCUACUACAACGAACGUUGCUUGGAUGAGAUUGGUGAGGGUCAGGAAGAAGGCGAUGAUGAUGUGCUGGCAAACUCCAACUCUCUUGGUCUUGUUGACCGCUCUGUUGCGCAAGAGCUGGUCCAGAGAUGGAAGAGCCAACGACCAAGCCUGCGAGACAGCGCAGAGUCUGGAGUCUGGCUGUAUAUUCCCCAUGGAGAAUACAUGUUUGGCCGCUUUGGGUUCGAUGAUACGCGCACCGCCGCAAGAUCGUUCCUGUUUUUCUCCGCAGGUACCGAAUUCACAAGGACAAGUUUCUUGGGAAUUCCAGGAACACUGCGAGAGUAUACGACGCCCCAAGAGAGGUUUGAGCGCCAACUCCGCGAAGGAGUCGGCUUCUCGGGAAUGGAGAUUGUCAAAGACAUGAUCUUCUACCAACAUGUUUCCCCACCGCCGGUGUCUGAGUUGCUUGGCCUAUACCACCCAAGCGACUAUCUCCUGAGAAAACAAGAGUUUGAAGCUUUGCGAAGUUAUUGCGAAGAACAGGCCUCCAGUAGCGGCAUGGGACCAACUAUCCAUGGGUUCAUCGAUCCAUGGAAGCAACUGCUAUUCGAUCUCAUAAACGAGAUGACCCUCAGUUAUCUCGAGCAUUUCAUCCUGCCUCAUCUUGGAGGUGAUGACGUUGCAGAAAUAGCCGAGAUAUUGUUCCCAGAUUAUGAGAAGAAAAUUAGGCCUAUCAGUCUAGACGUUGCUUCAUAUCGGCAUUUCACUGAGCCGGACCAAGACCCGAUUCCAGACUUUAAUGAAUCUCACGUGUGCGUUUUGAUCCGGCAAUUCCUUGAGUCUCGCAGCCAGGAUAAGCCCAUGGUCUUUAGAGACAAUGCUAUAAAAGGAAUCUGUCGGGUACUGGGCUACAUAGUUACUGAGGUAUUCGAGUUGGCCAACGGUGUGGCUACUGAUUCCCAACAUAACAAGAUCCUUCCAUGCCAUGUUCGACAGGCUGUUUUGCUUGAUGAAGAUAUUCUUCGCCUGGUAUGUUUUUCUAAAGCCCUGUGGGAAGGGAGCCCAGAAGACUCUCAAUAUUGCGCCCGCAAGGUAUUUCUUUUGAUCUCCAUCAUGAAGCUUAUCGUUGUUGGCGCUACAGGCUACAUCGGCGCGGGGAUCCUUCGUCAAGCCCUUGCACGCUCAGACGUCACCAGCGUUGUCGCUGUGACCCGCCGACCUCUCGAACAAACCGCCACGAAACUCCAAAACGUCAUUGUGCCGGACUAUGGUGCCUACUCGCCUGCGGCAAAAGAAGCUUUUGCCGGCGCAGGCGCAUGUAUUUGGACAGUGGGCGUGACACCCUCUCACGCAUUUCGAAUGGACCCUGAAGAGGUGCGCAAGGUUUGCCAGGAUUAUACCAUGCUCGGCCUUGAAGCCAUGCGCUCGUCCGGCCUUGCACGACCGUUUCGAGUGGCGUAUCUCAGCGCGGUUGCAGUUCCGCGGGAUAUCAAUAAGACUAUGUGGUUUGCUCCCAAGUUUAGACGGAUACGGGGUACAGCAGAAAACCAAGUUGUAGAAUUUGCAAAGGCCAGCGAUGGUGCCGUAGAAGCGGUGAUAGCUAAACCUGGUCAUGUCCCUGUCCAGGGUGGUAUAUUGGUCACUGCCCUUACAGCCAUCUCUCGACCUCUAGGUAUUGGCGUCACGGAGGCCGUGGUUUUGGAUGAUCUGGCUAUUGCUUUGGUUGACCAGGUUGUUCACGGAAUUGAAAAGGAUCCGCUGUGGCCAGCAGACUUGAACCGCUUGGCGCAACAAGUUAAGGAUAAGAAGGGUCUUAAGUAA